AUGUCUACAGAAAGAGGCGACUUCUACUACCCGCUUGAGGAAGACCAUCUCAACAUCAAUUACAAUGAUCAGGUGGACGUGUAUUGGUGGUCAACAUUCGCGGAGCUGCUGCUGAUCAAUUGCUCUGAGAGCGUCGCCGGAGGGAAGGGCUAUAACUUUAGAAGGAAUAUCAAUGAGAACGGGACGGAACGCUGGGGCCCGAUCCAGCUCUCGCAGGAAUUUGACGACUGGAGCAAACCCGUUGGCUGCCAGCUUGCUAUUUUCGCAAGUGGGAUUGGAAGUAUUACUGGUGCGACAAUAGGUGUCACUUCUGAUCCUACCCAUAGCGCAUCAAUCAUGGCGAUGUCUUCGACUGCGGCAAAGGACCCUGUAAUAACCCCCUCCACGACACCGGCACCAAGCGUGACACCAAGCUCUGCAGCUCCCACAACAACACCUACAGACCCGAUAGUCACAGGGUCCACAGGCGACGGCGGCGGCCUGUCUACAGGAGCAAAGGCCGGCAUUGGUGUUGGCGUAGGUGUGGGCGCGAUUCUGGUUGCGGCCGCGGCAUACUUGUUCUAUCGCAAUCAUCGCAAGAUGAAAGACCUGAACGCAAGAUUGAGCUACCAAUCAGAAGCGCAGCAGUACAGCAAGCCAGCCGGCGUUGCGGUCGCACAUCACGCAGGCAAUGAGUACAAUAGUCCGUACAGCGAGGCUACAGCAUGGUCGCAGGAACAUCAUUCACCGCAGGCGCCACCACGAGAGCUCGGGGGUUCGCAGUAAGAGCGUAGAGAUUUGCUGUAGUGGGCGAUCAUCUAGAUAUAUUAAGAAGAGAGCCACGCUCGUCAAUUUAAUCUUUUAAGGCGUAUGACAACUUACAUGACCAGAAAGAUUUGAGACAAUUCGAAAGGAUGGGCCGAGGCGUGGUUAAAUUCGAAGAUGGCACGGUGCUCUCGAAUCGGCUCAUGCGCAACGCUUCUUAGGACGGCAAGAACAGCCAACAAAAUCAAGCCC